GUUUGGGCUAACGGGGUGAGUCAUUCCGGGCCACCUCGGCCUGGAGCCCUGCCCAACCGACCAGCCCGGGUCGUACCAGCGGGGCGGAGGCGGAGGCCGAGCGGCUGGGGAGCCCGUGCGCCCCGCGGUGUCGCGCGGAGCCUGCGACCAUGGCUGGAAGCGAGCCCCGCGGAGCCGGCUCCCCGCCGCCCGCCAGCGACUGGGGCCGCCUGGAGGCAGCCAUCCUGAGCGGCUGGAGGACCUUCUGGUAUUCGGUGGCCAAGGAGCGGGCGACGCCGACGGCCUCCCGGAAGGAGGCGGCGGAGGAGACGAGCGCGCUGACGCGGCUGCCGGUUGAUGUGCAGUUGUAUAUCUUGUCGUUUCUUUCACCCCACGAUCUGUGCCAGCUGGGAAGUACAGAUCAUUACUGGAACAAAACUAUAAGAGACCCAAUUCUCUGGAGAUACUUUCUGUUGCGGGAUCUCCCUUCUUGGUCUUCGGUUGAUUGGAAGUCACUUCCAGAUCUAGAGAUCUUAAAAAAGCCAAUAUCUGAGGUCACCGACAGCACUUGUCUUGAUUACAUGGAGGUUUAUAAAAUGUGCUGUCCAUAUACGCGAAGAGCCUUGAAAGCCAGCCGUCCUAUGUAUGGAGUGGUUACCUCUUUCUUACACUCACUGAUCAUUCAGAAUGAACCCCGGUUUGCUAUGUUUGGACCAGGUUUGGAAGAACUGAACACAUCCUUGGUGUUGAGUUUGAUGUCUUCUGAGGACCUUUGCCCAACUGCUGGUUUACCUCACAGACAGAUUGAUGGUAUUGGAUCUGGAGUCAACUUCCAGUUGAAUAACCAGCAAAAAUUCAACAUCCUGAUAUUAUACUCGACUACCAGAAAAGAAAGAGACAGAGCAAGGGAGGAGCACACCAGCACCGUUAACAAGAUGUUCAGCCUACAGAGUGAGGGGGACGAGCAGCAGGGCAGCCGCUACAGUGUGAUCCCGCAGAUUCAGAAAGUGUGUGAAGUCGUAGACGGGUUCAUCUACGUGGCAAACGCUGAAGCUCACCGACGUCAUGAAUGGCAAGAUGAAUUUUCUCGGAUUAUGGCCAUGACAGACCCAGCUUUUGGAUCUUCAGGAAGACCCAUGCUGGUUUUAUCUUGUAUUUCUCAAGCAGAUGUAAAGAGAAUGCCUUGUUUUUAUUUAGCUCAUGAGCUGCACCUCAGUCUUCUAAACCACCCAUGGAUGGUCCAGGAUACAGAGGCUGAAACUCUGACUGGUUUUUUGAAUGGCAUUGAGUGGAUUCUUGAAGAAGUAGAAUCUAAGCGUGCAAAAUGAAGUUCCUUUGGGACCAUGGGAAGCCGCAGGACAUGGUGUAUGUGUUUCCUGUCCCUCCUGUCACUGCCCCUCUGGAGGAGGCCUUUCUACUGGACAGCUACCACAGCUGGGUUUCUGACACUUUACCAUGAAUGAGUUGCAAGUUUCAGUCCUACUACUUUUCCACAAAAUGAACUCUCACAUUUUUGAUAAUUUUAUAUUUUUUGUCUUUUUCUUUAAAUAUUAAAUUCCGCAAAACAAAAUUUUGUGGUUCUUUAAUUUCUCAUGGUCUCUCUUUUUUGCUAUCAAGGUUGCCCGAUAGGAAUAGUAAGCCUUUUUAACAGUCAUAGGAUCUCUUCAAGGUCUCACUAACUGCUUAUCGGAAAAACGUUUCAAAUCAUUCUCAACAGAGACACUAUGAAAUUUCACUAGAACUGCAGUAAUGUAAUGACCACAGCCUCUGUUCUCUUUCGAAAGAAUAGAAAGAAUAUUAUGUUUAUGUUGUAUCUGAUAUUCUUUCAGUGAAAAUUAGGGUUUUUGUUGUGGAAGUUGUCAUGUUUGAAUCAUUCUGAGCAAGGAAAUACUAAAUUCUGUUUCAUACUUAUACAUGCUAAAGAUUUACAUGUGUAAAGCUACCUCAGCAAUUGCUUGCACUGCAGAGGAAAUCACAUAGCACCUGACUGGAACUGGGGGUGUUAAAAUUAUUGUGAAAGGAAUAUAAAUACUGUUGUAUGAUUUAUAUGUUUGUAUUUAAGUGUACUUAAAUAUGUUUGUUUUGUGGAGAAAGUGACCACAGACUUUCUAAAUAUUCUAAAUAUGCGUUGAGAAUUAUGAAGGACAGAAGGAGAGUGUUCAGGCAAUAUAAUUGAUCUGGUACCAGGGUUCAAGGGUGAAUGGUGGGUGCAAAGAAGUUGGAAGAACAUGGUAAGAAGGCUGCCCUUCAUAUAGAAGUAAGGUGGUAACAGAAGCAGUUGUGUGCAGGUUAGGGUCCAAUUUAGUAAGAUUAUACGUUAAGAUCUUGGAGCCAACAGUUUUGAGUGACGAUAACUUUCACACUAACCCCGGGAGCAGAGGUGGGAGGUUUGGAGGUCAGUGCUGUAGCUGAGGCCAAGGAGCUCACAAUCAGAUGGCAGAAACACUGUAAGACAGAGGUGAUGAUGAGGCAGGUGGCAGGAGGCAUUCUCAGGAAGCCAUUCAGUCAUCUCAGAGCUCUGUGGUGCUCUGUACUGAAAAUUCCUGUGAUGACGAAAGCCUUCAAGGGCUACACUGUCUAGGAUGCACAGCCUCUAGCCAUGAGGACUUGAAAUGUGCCUCAGGCAACUGAGGAACUGACUUGUAAAUAUUAUGCAAAUUUAAAUCAUUGUACUACCUUUAAUCACACAAAACUAGUAGCUAUUACAAUCUGCUAGCAUUGCAAGAAGACAAUAUAAUUUCUUAUCACAGUUUAUAUUGAGCAGAUUUCUUAAUAUUUCACAUACAGUGAAAGAGACCUUCCCUUAUACAAAUAAGACUUCAUAUCCUAUAAGAACUUUGAUGAAUAAUUUUUUUCUUUAAAUAGCCCAUCUUUAAAAUAAAUUUUAAAAAGUAAUUUUUAUAACAAUUUUACCUUUUUUAUUAGACAUUUUCUUUAUAUUUCAAAUAUUAUUCCCUUUCUUGGUUUCCCCUCUGCUGAAGAGUUAUUGUGCAUUUUAAAACAGGCUGAACAUGUUUCAGAGACUCAUUUAACCCAUUGUCUUAGUGGGAAGGUUUUACAUGAAAAACAGAGUAUCUCUAAUGAAUAGAUAAAAGAACAUAGUAUCCAAAAUAAGAUAUUUCUUCUUGGGUAUGUAUUGGUUGUACUUUUCAAGCAAUUUUUUCCAUAUCAUAUAAAUUGCUCAUUUUAUUGGCAUAAGGUUGUAAAUAGCAUUCAUUAACUUUUCUAAAAAUUGUACAACACAGUAAUCAGUAUGCUCCCAAUUCUAUGGUUAGUGUAGCAGUAUUAGAUAUCUGUAACUGAAGUGGAAACUUCUGGGAUCUUGGAAAGUCAGUUAUGUCAAAUUAUGUUUUGCUGGGGAAUACAGGUGAAAGGAGGUUUUGUCAAUGCAGACAUGUGAAAGCAUGUGUGAUGUUAAGAAGGAAAAUAAAUAUAGUCCAACAGACGAUGGGCAAUGCUGGAUGGUA